CACAAGGAUCUGCAGCAAACACUUUGUGGGUGGUGUAAAGGUGAAUGAAGAGGGGCAUCCAGCCUACUACCCCUCCAUAUUUCCUGCUACAUACAGGGCAGCACCUGGCCCACUCUCUGCAGACCGCUAUGUCAGGAAAAGAAGAAGGCAAGAGCAAAGGAUGCUGCUGGACAAGCAGACUGCUGAGGUGCAUGGACAAGCAGCUGAAGCGGCUGCUAAUGUACACGAGAAAAGUGUGGAGGCCAUAAUUCUGGAGGCUCAAGCUGCUAGCAGCGACAACAGUCCAGUGUCUUCUGACAGCAGUCAAGGCACUCUCUUUGAUACUGGCCUGCGAUUUGUUCACGUGUCAACAAUGAUAGAAGAUGGACACUCGUCCUUCAGCAGUGUAUUCACCUUCACUUCUGAGUUGACCGAUAAAUAUGCAUCAUGUUAUAUUAGCCACAAGGAGGUGUGCACUACAGGCGUGGGAAGAUGUAGCACUACAUUUAUUGACAAAAGCUGUGGGCCUUUAUAUAAACAACCCGUUUUCGCUGGUCACAGCUCAGUUACUGAAGAUGAAGAGAAGUUUCAUUCUUUAACAGCUGGUCUUUUAAGCGUUUUGCCACCCAUGAGGAGGGCCGUGAACGAGUUGCGCAUUGAGGACAAACUUCUGUUAUUUCUGAUGAAGUUGAGGCAUGGCAUGCCAUUUUCUCUUCUUGGGGCUCUUUUUGAUGUGCACAGAACUACAGCAGCACGAAUCUUCAAGGGAAUGCUCGUGAGUUUGAAUGUGGCCACAAAAAGUUGGGUCUACUGGCCGUCACGAAAUGUUAUUCAGUCAACUAUUCCACCUGCAUUCAAGGAGCACUACCCAAGUUGUAGAGUAAUUAUUGACUGCACGGAGCUUGAAACUGAAAUCCCAAAUGGAGUGGAAAAACAGAACCUAUGGUAUUCACAUUACAAGAGUAGGCAUACAAUCAAAUAUUUAAUUGGCAUUGCACCCAACGGCCUGGUCACUUUUGUCUCAAAAGCAUUUGGAGGACGGACUACAGAUUCAGUGGCAACUGUUGAGUCUGGAUUUCUGUCGCUACUAGAGCCAGGGGACCUGGUCUUAGCAGACAAGGGUUUUUCUGGUAUAAAGACAGGUGUUGGUACCCAGAAAGCGACAUUGGUACUGCCACCGUUUGCUAGCAGUCAGCAGUUCACUGAAUCGGAAGUAAAUGCAACAUAUGAAACUGCGUCAGUACGAAUACAUGUUGAGAGGGUCAUUAACGACUGAAAAUAUUUGAUAUCACACAUAAGAUUCCGUGUGAACUCACAUCUUAUGCAGAUGCAAUCCUGCAUAUGAUAGCUAUAAUAACCAAUUU